GUGGCCGCGCGCGCUGAGCCUGGCUGGCUGGCUGGCUCGGGCGUCGCUCUCUCUCUCUCUCUCCCUCUCUCCCUCUCUCUCUCUCGCUCGCUCGCUCCUCUCAGGCGGGCCGGCGCCAUUUUGUGUGGUGCAGCCUCGGAGCCAGCCUGCCGUCCCUGCCGCCGCCCGCCUGCCUGCCUGCCUGCCUGCCUACCUGCCGGCCAGCGAGCCCACGAGCGAGCGACCGAGCGCGGCGCCAGGCCCGCCCGUACAGUGACUGUGCCCCGUGCCCCCGUCGCGCCCCCCCCCGCCCGGCCCCCCCAUGGCGGUGGAGAGCCCCAGCGUGCCUCCGCCCAGCAGCCCCCACGCCAGCCCCCCGGCCCCCUCGCCGGCCGCCGCCGCCGCCGCCAACCCCCUGCUCCUGCACGGCCCCCUCGGCAGCCCGGGCCUCGGCGGCGCUGGCGCCCGGCCGCUCCAACAACACCUCCUCCUCCACGGGCCCGGCCCGGACGAAAGGGAGGAUGGGGAGUUGGAAGAAGGGGAGUUGGAAGACGACGGGGGUGAGGAGCCCAAUGGUGCUUCGGAGACAUAUGAGAAGAGCAGGAAGGAAAAAAAUGAGAAGCACCAUAGUGACUCAGACGAAGAAAAGACGCACCGGAGGAAAAGGAAGCGUCGGAAAGAGAGGGAGAAGGAGAAGCGGAGAUCGAAAAAGAAAAGAAAAUCUAAACACAAACGCCACGCCUCUUCCAGCGAAGAUUUCUCUGACUACAGUGAGGAUUCUGACUUCAGCCCAAACGAAAAGGGGCAUCGGAAGUACCGCGAAUACAGCCCCCUCUACUCUUCUUCCCAUCAGCAGUACUCAUCGUCUCACAGCGCCCCAAAGAAGGGGUAUCCUAAAAUGGAGAACAAGAGCUACCCUCCCUACGAAGAGUACGAGAACGAGGGCUACUGUGACUACGAGGGGGAGGAGGAGGAGGACAUGGGGAAAGAAGACUACGAUGACUUUGCAAAGGAGCUGAACCAGUACCGGAGGGCAAAGGAGGGGACGCACAGGGGGCGAGGUGGCCGUGGUCGAGGCCGAGGUUACCGUGGACGUGGAAGAGGUGGAAUGAGAGGACGAGGCAUGGGCAGAAGCAAUCGAGGCCGGGGAAGGGGGGAGCAUCCGGAGGAGGAGGAGGAGGAGGUUUAUGACGAGGAGAUGGAGUUCUGCGAAGGGGAAGAGCCCAUGGGGGAGGAAGACUAUGAUGACUAUUCCAAAGAACUGAGCCAGUACCGCAGAAGCAAAGAAGGAAGAGGCAGAGGCAUGGGCCGUGGCCGAGGCCGUAGUUCCAGGGGGCGAGGAGGCAAGGGGAUGGGCCGCGGACGUGGUCAUCGUGGCAGAUCAGGCCUAGGCAAAGCGGGGGCGCUCAAUGAAGAGGACGACUACUAUGAGGAUGACCUAGGGGACGGAGGGGGCAGCUGUGGAGGUUACAGGCGGAACGAUCACGAGAAAUCUCACCAGUCAGAUAAGAAAGGAAAAGUCGUCUGCAAGUAUUUUGUGGAAGGAAGAUGCACUUGGGGGGAGCACUGCAACUUUAGCCAUGAUAUUGAGCUACCAAAGAAGAGGGAACUCUGCAAGUUUUACAUCACUGGUUAUUGUGCCAGGGCGGAGAAUUGUCCUUACAUGCAUGGGGACUUCCCUUGUAAGCUCUUCCACACCACUGGGAACUGCAUUAACGGAGACGACUGCAUGUUCUCGCACGAACCGCUCACGGAUGAAACUCGGGAACUCCUUGAUAAGAUGUUGGCGGACGACGCAGAAGCCGGAGCAGAGGAUGAGAAGGAAGUGGAGGAGUUGAAGAAGCAGGGCAUCAACCCAUUACCCAAGCCGCCUCCUGGGGUGGGAUUGCUGCCCACUCCCCCGCGUCCCCCAGGGCCCCCAGCUCCGACCUCCCCUAAUGGCCGGCCCAUGCCCGGAGGGCCCCCCGCCCCUCCCCCUCCCCUUCCUCCCCCAGGGCCCCCACAGAUGCCCCUCCCGCUCCACGAGCCCCUCUCGCCGCAGCAGCUGCAGCAGCAGGACUUGUACAAGAAGAUCCCUUCCCUCUUUGAGAUUGUUGUGAGGCCGACGGGGCAGCUGGCGGAGAAGCUGGGGGUGAGGCAUCCUGGCCCAUCCCCACCUCGGUUCCCCGGGCCUGGGCACCCGGAGCUGCCUCCCGACAUGCCCCCUGACAUGCUCCCAGACCUUUGUCCGGACAUCUGUCCCGAUAUGCCAAUCGGCCCAGGGAUGAACCCUGGCCCUCCGUUGGGCCCCGGACCCCCCAUGAUGCCCUUUGGCCCUGAGGAGAUGCCCCCCGGCCCCCCAACACAGGACUUCUACGACAACUUCUACCUUCACCCAGAAGGUCUGGAGAUGGACCCCAGCCUCAUGGUUGGCCCAGAGGGCUACCCAGGCUAUGAGGAGAUCCCUGGGGAAGGGCUUUUCCCCGACCCCUCCCUGGAGCCAGAUUCUUUCUGCGAUGGAGGCCUCCCGCGGCUGCAAAAGCCCCCCAACAGCAUCCCAGACUUCCUGCCUUCCACCCCGAGGGCGCUCUACCUCCGCAUCCAGCAGAAGCAGCAGGAAGAAGAGAGAGCUCGCCGGCAGGCAGAGAGCUGCAAGCAGGACCGAGACCACGAGGAAGGUGAUCCCGGCAACUGGUAUUCCAGUGAUGAGGAGGAUGGCGGCGGCGGCAGCAGUGUCAGCUCCAUCCUGAAGACUCUACGGCAGCAGAGCUCCAGCAGACCCCACGAGGACCCCUCCGGAAGCCCCAUUCCGGCCUCGGGAGGCAGGAGCGACCCCCGCCUUCAGAAGAGCCGGCCAGCCGAUCCUCGGCUCCUGCGUGACCCCAGGCUCUCUCGAAACCUGGAGCCCUCUGGAGCCGGAGACGCAGGGCCCACCGAUCCACGGCUGGCACGGCACAGCGCAGCCUCCGCCCCAAAAACAGCAGAAGUUCUCCAUUCGAGCCCUUCGGUGAGCCAGAAGGCUGUUCCCGUCACGGAGGAGGAGGAGGGGGAAAGGGCCCUGCGGGACAAACCGGUCACCAUCCCUCUGGAUACCCUGCCCAACCUCUCCCUGAGGGACCCCCGCUGCCAGUUGCAGCAGUUCAGCCACAUCAAGAAAGACGUCGUCCUGCUUAUGCCCAGCUUUGCACGGAUGGUGCUGUGGAGCCCCGAAGACCUGAUCCCCCUGCCUGUCCCUAAGCAGGAACCGGUGCCUGUCCCACCUACUCUCCAGGCCCUGCCUGCCCUCGAUCCACGCCUGAACCGGCCUCAGAAUGCCAGCGUCUCUGACCCCAGGCAGCGGGCAGGGCCCCAGCCAGAACCCUCUGCCAGCCCUGGCUCCAGCCUUCCCGAUUUUGAGCUGCUGUCCAGGAUAUUAAAGACAGUCAAUGCAGCCGGCAGCCCUGGGCAGGCUGACAAGCCCAGCGAUCCCCGUACACGGAAAGCACCCGCGGACCCCCGGUUGCCCAAGGCGUCCGAGCCAGGGUCCUCGGGAGCCGCCAAGCAGGCUGAGGUCAGCCCCCCGCCAGCAGUGGGGGCGGAGGCUGCCGCCAGCAUAGCCCCUUACGAUCCCAGGCUGCUGACGGCAGGAGGGCUGAGCAGGGGCCCUGGCCAAAGCAGCGUCCUGAGCGGGAUCAGCCUUUACGACCCAAGGACUCCGAGCCCCGGCUGCAAGUCAGCUGAGCCUGCUGGCGAAGGGAGCCCAGCUACCAAAAGUGCCGAAGGCAGCAAAGGCGGCGGCAGCAGCGGCGGCAACAGAGGGAAGGAGCCGCUGUUUGUGCGCCGGUCAGCUUUGGACCAGCCGGAAGGCGAGAAGCCCAGCGCAGAGCCAGCCACCGACCGCUACAACAGCUACAAUCGCCCACGGCCCAAGGCAGCCCCUUCCGCUCCUGCUCCCACAGUGCCUGCUGCGGAGACAGCUGUCACUCAGCCUGGCGUCCACAAUCUCCCCGUGCCGCCGGUGUAUGGCUUGGUGAAGCAGGCGGCCAAGUCGGGGCCAGGCAGCCCUUUUGCAGGGAACAGCCCUGUCCAGGAAGGGGAGGUGCAGGAUGCGGGCUCGCUGAAGGAUGUUUUUAAAGGGUUUGACCCGACAGCCUCCCCCUUCUGCCAGUAGUGUUAAGAGACUCCUCCGUGCAGCCUUGUGUCCAACAGAAGCAGCAGCAGCAGUGUUCUUCCCUUUUCAAAGAUCCCAUGAAUUGCCACUGACCAUCUCCCUCCGUCCUUUGCGCUUCGCUGAGUGUCAUCUGCAGGCGGCCUUGUGGAAGAGGAACAAGGGUCUUGAGCCACCCCAGGCAGUAUUGCGUCAUGCCCCCUCUGGGUUCCCUUGCGGACUCUCCUGGUGUCCCCUCGGAACCCUCCAGUGUCUUCAACCUGGCCUGGCUACUUCUGCCAGCCGCCCCUCCCCUCCUCCUCCUCCUCCUCCUCCUCCUUUGCACAGUGGCUGGGCCAUGUCUUCCCCCCCCCCCCCCGCUUCUCCUCUUCAGAUAUUUAUUGUCUGUUGAAUGGAGGAUGAAAAGAUGACAGUUUCUUAGGGUGAAGCUGUCAGCCAUGCUGAUCUGUAGAAUAUAUAUAUAUAUAUAUAUCUUUGUUUCUAAACUGUAACAAUAUAUGUGUAUCAUAGCCUUUUUUUAAAAGAAUCUAGCGCAGCAAAUAUUAUUAUGGAGAAGUAACCAUGAUGAAUUAUUUUUGUAAUUGUAUUGAAUUUUGUUUUAAAUACCCUUCUGCCGUUUUCUUGGAUUGCCGGAUCCAGAGGUGAUGCAGCCAGGAAACAACAGGCUGCUUCUGCCUCUGGUGGGUGGCCUCUUGAAGAAGUGAUGCCUUCUACCAAAACAGAGUUUAUAGUAUUGGAAUUAAAUUAUUAAUGACACUAAUGCUUGUCUGUCUCCUGCGCUCCUCUGCAAAACAAGCAGAAGCAGAAGCUGUUGAGAAACAAGAAGCAUUUGCUGCCACAGUCCUCCGUGCAGGGGCCGCCAGAGCCCUCCGGCGCCCUGGAAAGCCUCCACCCCUCUUCCCUCAAAGACCAGGAGAGACAGUUGGGGGGGGAGGUUGCUGUGGGCGAAGGGCCCUUUUUGUAACAGCCAAGAGUGGCUCUGCAAAUCUGCUCUCUCCAGAGCCUAGAAGCCCGGCCUGCCUCUGUCCUUCCAGUUCUUCUAACCGAUGAUUGGGCCUCUUCUCAAGUGCAGAGAAGUCCGUUGUGCUUGCUUGUCUUCCGAAGGCUGGUUCCUUUCUCCCCCUGCCCUUCUCUCGGUUAGCCUCUUUCAGAGCCAGGCCUUAUUUUGGGGCCCAAAGUGCAGGCCUUUGCCCUGAUGCGGCCUGGCGAGAACCACCUGAAGGAUGAGCAUCCGUGUGCUCUGGCCCUCUCUUGAGGCAAGCAAUUUGGAGACUCCCCCCGCAUGGCUCUUUGUCCUCUCAGCAAUGGGCUGAGCUCCACGGGCUUCUUGCGGCUAAGAGACCAGCCCCUUUUCUGCCUCCAUGGGACAUGGCUGUGUCAGGAGAAAAGGCCCACCUCCCCCCCCCCCCCCAGAGCAGAUAACCAACCCCGGCUGCGGCCAUCUCCUUCGGGGUGGUGGGAUUGCAGCUUCUCCAGGAAGAGCUGCUGGCUCUGUUAGAAGCCAAGGGAUGGAGAUCCUUGGGCCAGGUCUUGGCAGCUUGACAGACUGCAGGGCGGGAGUGACCAGGUUCGUGCCCAGGCUUAGCAGUGUUUGAUCUGAAACGGGUGAUGGGGGUCAAAGCAUUUUCCAGUGUGUUGUUUUUCUCUCUCUGCCUUGGUGAUUCGUACUCUCCCAGGCACCUCCCUUUUUUUUGCCCAGGAACUCGCUUGGAAGGGAGAGGGAGAGAUGUCCUUCUGGUAGAAAUGCCAGCGGGUUUCCUUGAUAAAGGCCAGCCAGGUUCCAGCCCCUUCCCUGGAGAGGCUCCGUAUGCAGACCCAUGGAGGUCCAGAGAUGGAGACUUCCACAGUGGGCAGGGUCCUGUGGAGAAGCCAUCCUGGUCCUGGAGCCGGUGAACAGCUUGUCAAGGAAUGUGCUCUUUGUGAAGUAUUCUGUCUUGUGAGCCGGCCUAGGUACAUAGAUGCUCUGUGACAUUUGUACAAUCUGACUUUUGUAAAUCAAGAUCCAUUCACUAGACCCAAAUCUUUGUUAUCAAUGAAAUUUGCCAGCGCUUUAUAAAAAUGCUAUAAAAUGUAAAUAUUAUUUGAAAAGGGAUUUGUAUAUAUUGUACUGGUAUUUUUACAGUGAUUUUUGGUUGCAUGGGUGUUUGCUCUUUUUUAAUCACACAUGCGUCUUCCAACAAUGUCCAGACUUGAGAGACGGAUCGUUGUACUGCUGGCAUUAAAUGAUGCAGUGAUUUUAAAGGUU